UAAUUUAGGAUGAAAAUUAGUAAUAUUUUAAUCCUCUUGAUAUUCAAUGGAAUAUUAUGGAGUUUAAUUACUUCAAUGGAAAAUAAUGAAAAUCAAAAAGAUUUAAUUGAGGAAACUUGGUCUAAACCAAAAGAUAAAAACAAAAAAUCGAAUGAUGAGGCUGAAUCGUCGGGUAAAACGGAAGGUCAAAAUGAAGAGCCAAAACCCAAAAUUAACAAAAAUAAAAUAAAAGGCCUAUUUGGGCGUGAAAUAGGAAGUAAAAGUAAUAAAUUUAAAGAAUACUAUGAAGAGAAAGAAAGGGAAAUUGAAAGGGAAAUUGAAAGGAAGAAACAGGAAGAUGAAAGGUUGGAAUUUAUUCGAAGAUUAAGUGAAAUUUGUGCUGUAAUUGACAUUUAAAGAGACAAAAUAUAGUUGGACCUCAUUAGUGCUGAGUAUGGCUCAGGGAGCUAGGAUUUUGAAAGCCGGAGGGCGGAGCCAAGAUGGAAAAGUUCUAAGUCGGAGCCAACAAAUGCCCAAUACCCAGCAUUGGACCU